GCGGCGCGCUCUCUCUGACACCUGUCAAAAUCAGUCUAUCCCUCCCCAGUGCCGUGUGCUGUUCGACGUCAUUGCAUCCAUAAUUACUGUAAAUCCAAGUGCAUUUUGGGGAAACAUGUAAUUGCAGCUGACGAACAGCCACCGUCACCAUGUUCGAGGGCGCGGUCGCCGGCAUCCUCAACCGGCUGCUGGGCAAGUACGUCCAGGACUUGGACACCGAGAACCUCAAUGUGGGCAUCUUCUCUGGAAAUGUCAACCUUACUGAUCUGAAACUUAAGCCUGAGGCUUUGUACGAACUUGACCUACCAAUAGAUGUGAAAAUUGGCACGAUCGGCCGCAUUGGCCUUCAAAUACCCUGGUCAGGACUCUACACGCAGCCUGUUGUAGUCAACAUCGAGGAUGUGCUGGUCCUAGUAGGUCCAGCUAUCUCCAACAGCCACUUUGACCCAGAAAGGGAAAGACGGCUCACAAGAGCUGCGAAAAGAAAGAUUCUUCAAGAUUUGGAAGCUGAAAGUGAGGUGCUCAAAGGUCCUCAGAAUUUCUUCGAGCACUUGUUCACAGCGAUUGUGAAUAAUCUUCAGAUUUACGUGAGGAAUGUCCACGUGAGGUACGAAGACUCCAUCAGCUCUAAGGACGGGCCUCUUGCUUGUGGACUUUGUCUGCAGAGCUUGUCUAUUGAGACUACUAAUAGCAAAUGGAAGCCGUCAGUAACUCCAGCGAAUGCAUCAACGGUCUACCAGAUGAUGCGCAUAGAAUCUCUGUCCUGCUACUGGAACCCCACGGCUACCGCCCUGGAUGACAGCGAGACAGCCCACAUCACACCCAUGCAGUAUUACAACUGGAAGCAUUACAUGCUCACUGGGCUGGACAAGUUCUCUAUGCAUCAUGAGGACUUUGAAUUUUUGCUGAAACCUGUAACCUGCAAAGUCAAGGUGUUGAUAAACCGCUCAGGCGAGGCGCGAGUACCACGUCUGCUUCUAGACGCAGUCCUGCAGGAUAGUGCACUGCAACUAUCCCGACGGCAGUACUUAUCUAUUAACAAUCUGCUGGCUUCAUUCGCCAGGAUUAAGCUGAAUAGAAAAUACCGUCAUCUCCAUCCAGGAGUACCUCUCUCUAAAGGCACCAAGAAAUGGUGGAUAUACGCCUUCAACGUGGUGGUGGAACAAAGGGUCAGACCCUACACCUGGGCUGCCAUCAAGAAGCAUAGGGAGAACUACAAUGUAUACAAGCAGAUAUACAAGAGCACGUUACGGAGUCCUAAUGAUAUUGAGCUGAAGCUGGAUCUUCAGAAGUGUGAAGACAGUUUGCCUAUCGUGUCAGUUAUUAUUGCGAGGGAGCAAGCGAAGUUUGAACUUUUAGCACAAGAACCAGAUCGCAUCGAAGUAGUUGAAACCGAAUUUGACUGGUGGAGGCCGACUAGCUCUCCAGCAGAUAAUGAAACCGAAGAGUUUAAGAACCAUGUGGAACUGUGCGUCAAGACUGAGAGGAGCAAGAGUUUGUGGAGCCAUCUAUCCAGUCCUGAAAAGAAGAAGGUCUGUGAACUGAUUGGAUAUGUGGAGGGGGCGCCACAGAAAGAUAAGUCGAAGCAGUACAUAGAGCAUAAAAUAAACUUGACGCUCGCCAACUGCUCAUUGACCUUAAUGAACAGAAGCAAGGAGGUCCUAGUUGUAACACUUACACAGUUCCUCGCAUCGCUGGAGACCAGACCAUCAGCUAAGGCAUAUAAACUAUCAGCUCGAGCAGAAAGCAUAGUGGUGGAAGGAGUAACCUCGGAUGGAGACCUGGUACCCCUCCUGACUCCGGAGAGAGGAACUGGAGUCACCAGCUCCAACUUGUUGGCGGUUGACUUGGAGAAGAACCCUUGCAGCAACGAAGCUGACUAUGGACUUUGCUGUCUGAUGGAACCUGUGGAAUUGGUUUAUGUUGAGCAUUCAUUCACGGAGCUAAUAAACUUCUUCCAAACACACUCGAUGACUGCCGAGGAGUUGUCAGUAGAAGUGUCAGACGCGGUGCUGAGAGCUGGUGCUGUCAGCAAGUCUGUGCUGGCGUAUGCUGUCAGCAGGAGGAAGGUGUUCCAUCUGAAUGUGGAUGUGAAGGGUCCUUGUGUUGUUGUGCCGGAGCAUGGAUGUGUGCAUAAGUCUGGGCGAGUGAUGAUCUUCGAUAUAAGCCGUAUUAUAGUGAAGUCAGAUCUACAGCCGUCUAACCUGACGCUUGAAGACGCCACAUGCAUGGAGUUAGAGGAACGGUUGUAUGAUAGACUUCAUGCUGAAUGUUCUUGUCAGAUCUUGUUCAGCGAGUGGACAGACUCUUGGCGCGAGAGCCGUCGUCAUGCGGACUCAGAGCUGCACCUGGUGCCCAAGAUCAAGAUGCAAGUGGUGUUCUCCAACAGCAUCAAGAAGGACUACAAACUGCUACCUAAGUACAAACUCAACAUCUCGCUCUCAAGUAUCAAGCUGAACCUAUCAGACCGCAUCAUCGGUCUACUCCUGGACUUCUGCGACAACCUGCCAAUACCAGUUCCGAACACCGUCCCAGUGUCCUUCAUGGACUCUGGAGAUUAUAGUGAAGAAGUAGAGGAACCGGAACUGGCAGAGAUGUUGAGUGCAGACAGGGUUACUGCUGAUCCAGAGUAUAAGGACCUCAUGAAUCUCAGGCAGAAGAUUGUAGCAGCCUAUUUGAGUAGGAACAAGGCAGCAGAAACAACCUGCGAUGUAUCUAUUGCUCGGUUGGGUCUGCAGGCAGCACAGCAAGCUUCUGCCACAUCGGAGCAAAGUGAUGAAGACGCGGAGGUGUUCGCGCGCACCGUGGAUCUGCCUGGUUUUGAUGAUAACGUGUCACCAAGCAAUAAUAUUAAUACCCUGCUGAGGUUUAUUGUCGGUGAAAUCGUAAUAAACCUCUCUCGCUCCUCCGACCAAACGGAGAAGCCAUACGUGAUGCUGAGCGUGACGAAGGUGUGCCUGGACGUGGCUCUCAUGGAGUACGGUCCUGCUGUCCAGCUGUCCGUCAGUCAAGUGCUGCUGACGGACAAGCAGCAUCACAGCAGCACUGGACAGUAUCUAGAGCUGAUCACCAGUUCUGGGGAGCUGUUUAAUUUGUUGUACCGAAAGGUUCGAGCGGAUUGCCCAGAAUUCCGGUCACAUUUCCACAGUGUGGAGCAGGCAUUAGUAGCAGAUGUGGGUCACCUAGCAUUGUUGCUUCAUGCUGAUGCAUUGCCAACACUUCUCAAAUAUCUGCAGUACAUUUUAGAAAAAAUUCAAAACCGACAUGCAAUAAAUCUAAAGACUGUGGUCUUACCAAAGUCCAAGUCUCUAUGGGACUAUCUGAUGCAGCCCGAAGCCGACCCACCUGUGCCACCAGGGGCUACAAAAUUCAGUUAUUCUGUCAGAGCGACAUCAGUAUCAAUGCGUCUCUGCCACUUGGAGAGUUCAGUGCUGGAGCUGCGACUAGGCUCGCUGGAGAGUGACUGCGUGUUCAGAGCUAACGACCGCAUGAUCUUCAAGCUGUACCUCAGUUCUUUGCAUGUUGAUGAUCUUGCUGAGGCUACUCUUUAUCCUAAGUUGGUCUGGCCUGACGAAGACAAAGUCCUCGAAAUAAAGUACGUUCGCGCAGCUGCGCGAGUAUACGGCGCGGGCGCCGCACCCAGCUCCGGCGUCAAAGCACACGGCGAGCUGCGGGUGUAUGUGGGGAGGCUGCAUGUCGUCAUGUUCUGCUGUGUUAUGCAUCAUUUGCAGCAACUGCUAGAGCCGCUGGUACCAACCGCAUUAGCAGCGGAAGCAGCGCAGGCGGCCGAGCGCGCCGCCGCACAGCGCGCGCACGCCGCUCGCGCUGCUAGUACGAGGCUUAACCUGGCCAUUGAGAUCCAUGCUCCAGUGCUACUUCUGCCACAGAAACCUUCUUCACCAAAUCUACUAGUGCUGAAUAUGGGUGAUCUUUUGAUAGAGAAUUUCUUCAAACAACUGAACACUGGUCAAGAAUCUGCUAGUCCAGUGCAGCAAGCAAUUAUCGAUAAUAUACUGAUCAAGCUCGUUAAUAUCACAUUCUCGAGAGCAGUCAUGACGUUAGCUGGUACCUUGGAAGUGCAGGAACCAAUCCUAGAACCAGUAUCAGUCCGCUGCGACAUGAAGAGAGCAGUCUCCUACCAGCAGCUGGUCAGCAUCAACCUGUACCGCGAACUCCUCGCCUGUGAAGCUGAUGUGGCGAUAGACACUGUUCUGCUGAAUGUGGGACAGAAGGACUUGGCCACUAUGCUCGCUGUCUGGACUGAUAAUUUGAGCGAGGGACAUUAUAUCGGUAGUAUAGUUCCAAGUUCUCCCGUAGACAGUGCGCCUUCAGACUCAUCAGUGAAAAAGUUACAAGCUUUCUUUGCUCAAGGCGAACCAAUAAGAAAAGAAGCAGUUGUAAGGUUUAUCCUAGAGGGAAUAGAACUAAAACUAUUCUCAGACAUGGAUGAGGUUCUGAGUUCUCCAGUAAGAGAUUUGAAUCAUGGUCUAGCGAAACUGACAGCUGGUGAAGCUAUGCUGCAGAUGGAGUACAGCUCUGAUAGCAGCAUUGAAGUUAAGGCUAGUCUGCAGAGCUUGCUCGUUGAAGAUAUUAGACCAGAUCCUGGUAUUGUUAUUAAGAGGAUAUUCCAAUCUCAAGGUGGUACAAGUGCAGAUGCGGAAGACGCGUGCAUCCAAGUGCGUCGGCCUCCCCUAAUCGACGCCAGCCUCAGGGUCACGGGGGCUAAGGCUAGACAUGCUGAUGUCAGAGUAGACCGGACCAGGUUCAACUUGGCUCUACCAUUCUUGCUGCAACUGGCUAGAACUUUAUUAGAUGCUAUGCCUGGUGAAAAAACUAUGGAAGGUGGUGUUGUAAACCAUGGAUAUGUUGGUGAUAUGCAUCCUUCAAAGACUGGGAAUAACAAUCGUGCUGCCAGGCUUCCUAGCUCAAGUGAUUCUACCAGCGGAUAUUAUUCUACAGCUACAUCAGUGUCAGAAGAACAACCAGGCUUGUCAAUAUCGAUUCAGUUCCGACAACCAGAGAUAAUGUUCUUCACGGACCUGACAAAGACUGAGGGUCACGCACUCUUGCUUCGAACGGAACUCCUCAUUGAUUACUCAAGUCACUCCAACAGCGAAUCAUUUGUAGUAUCCCUAGCAGGACUGCAAAUCAUGUCCAAAUUACAAUCAAAGUUGAAGAAUCUACCACCACAGUUGGUUUUGAAGCCAUGUGAUGUGGAGUUUUCAAAGGCUUUCAAGAAUUUAGAGGAAGGAAUCAGGGUGAAGAUGUCAGUUUCAGAAAUUGAAGUGCAUAUUGCUGCGACGACAGUUCAUACAGUAAUGGAUAUAAUUGAAGAAAUAACUUCAGAACUAACUAUCCCUGAAGAAAAAGAACCAUUCAACUUCGCCACAUAUAAUCCCAAGUCCGAGAAACAGGAUGAAGAUCUCUGGUCUCCGAAGAAGCUGACUCCUUACGUAGUGUUAAACCCUGAGGAUGUGUACUCGCAGCCGAAGUACCCCAUUGUAAGGCCUACGGAGACGUUCAUAAUGACUGUUCCUUGUGUGAGGAUCAUGUUUGAGAUGGAGCAGACGAUCAGGGUACCGGUGUUGAUGAUGAAGAUGAAAGCAGAAGUGUCCUUACACGAUUGGUCGCAGCAAUUGCAUGGCACUGCCUCCCUGAGCCUCAUAGCAUCCUGUUACAAUGAAAAGGUGGAUGCUUGGGAGCCCCUCAUUGAACCAGUUGUUCAGAAUGAAAAUGUUUACCGACCGUGGGAGAUUACUGCUACACUGUUUCAGGCCAAAGCUUACCCAAUGUCCUCCCGCCUCGACACUUCAAGUCAACAGGAAACAGAAGCCGAUUCCUCAAUCGCAUCAGACCAAUCAAAACGGCCAAAGAAACGAAACGGCUUCGAAUCUGAAACUUCAGCAGAUGAGUGCGACACUGACAACGAAAUGACUUUCAUAAGGAACCCCAAUGGUAGAGAGAGUAAACAUUAUAAUGUGGACUUCAGUGCUGGACAUAUGUCCUUCUUGGGUUUGUUGGAUGCUGAUGAAUCUGAUUCGGAGAAUGAAAAUGGACUUAUGGAUAAACUGGCAACGGCUAUUGGACAUCUAUUUACUGAUGACUCAAGUGCAGAAGAAAUGAGUAAUGAUGAAGAUUCUUCAGCACCAGAGCAUAGUGAAGUUGAAGUUGGUAGCGACCAUGAGGAAAACGAGAAGGCAGUCACAUUCACGGACGGCGAAGCCAAGGGCAAGAAAGAAACGGAACAUAAGACUGUGACUCUACAGGAUCCUGUAGUCCGUGAAGAUAGUGUAGACUCAGGUCUUGAAACAGAGAGCUACAUAGACAAAUCCUGCACAUACAUAGCAGUAGAAGCGAGGGAUAUGCUCAACAUUACCGUGACUCCUGCUGGGGCUAGGGCGUUACUCGAUCUUGCUGCUGCUUGUACUGACAGAACUGCGGUAGUUACUGCUAUUGUUACUGGAGAGAGUGGUCUGUUACUGGUCAAUGAUAUUGGUCCUGGAUCUACAGUUCAUUUGAAGACUAAAGCGGAGACUGAUUUAGCAGGCAACGAAAGAAUUAUAGCAAUAGCUGAUUAUGAUGUGGACACUAGUAGGCCGAGCACACCAGGUUGUGACACAUCGUCAGCUGAGCUUCUAGAUGAACCCAUUACGAAACCUAAGCCAUUGAUGUCUGAUGUCAGCGAUGAGUGGGAUUGCUUCGAGGGCGGUUUCCCCGGCGGCGCAGUGACUGGCCCAGCCGCGUGCGCGUGGUCACCGGCGCCGCCGCCGCCACCCCCUGCAUUACGCACACGUCUCACAGACCUCACACUCACCGUGCGACUACAUGAUCUCGACCAUCUUACUAUCCUGUGCCCUCAACGCAGCGUAUCGAAACUCCACGUGCUCCACCCUAGUAAGAACUCGACGCGAUACUACAUCGCAGUCGAGAGGACAUCCAAGUAUAACAACAAGAAGAUUAUUGUCAGGUCACCACUACAGAUUCGCAACGAAACAUCCUACGCCCUCGAGCUCUUCUACAAGAAGACAGACCUGCAAGCGAUCGGAGCAGAACUGAUAGGGUCACUAACAAAUCCCUUCGAUGACAAGAUGCGGCUAGCCGUCAUUGCACCACAAGAGACUUACAAUAUUCCUCUGUAUAUUGCUUAUCAUUGCAAGUUGUUCCUCCUGCCUUCCAACUUCGAGAGUUACCAAACAGCAACGCAAGGCAUUUGGUGGAUGGAAUUAGCCAACGAAGUGGGGACCCCGAGAGAUAUGAUAUGUCCCGCCAAAGAUGGAGAAGACAAGAGAAUAUUUGCCAUGAGGAUACUGCCUGUUGAAGGAUGCCAAUCGCAUAAGGUGACGCGGUCUAUCCCCAACUACUUAUUACGUGUGGUUCCUCCCCUCGCGAUGUACAAUCGUCUGCCCUACGCCACGGAGGUAUCAUGCGCAGCUGCUGGUUGGCACAUGCGCAUUGAGGCCGGAGAGCGCGCACACACAUACACGCUCGCACUCACACAGCCACACAGGAUCUCUAUCAACAUGCAAUACAUGGGUCUACCUUGGACUGGUAGUUUUACAUUGUCACCAGAUGUAACGGAAAAGAGUGUGACUCUAAGCAGUGAGUGUGAGCUGGAAGGAGGCAAUAAGCAGGUGCAGGUCUGCGUCACGGUAGAAAGGAACGACUGCUGGGAGGUGUUCCUGCACGCGCAGCACUGGUUUAUCAAUAAAACGGGAUUGCCGCUGCAGAUGAAGGGCGGGCAGUCAGACACGUGGUACGAGGUGACGGAGGAGCCGCUGCUGUGGAGCCCGGCGGGGCGCGGACGAAGACGUGGAGCACGGGUGCGUCUGCGCGCGCAUCACUCUGCCUGGUCGCGGGCGGCCCGUUUAGCUGCUGCCGCGCCUGGCCUCGUUGUGUGUCCUCAUACUGAACGACGCACUAACUAUCGGCUACUUCUCAACGUAACCCUAUCAGAGCUAUGCCCACAGCUGACGAAAAUCGUAACCCUACUCCCAUACUUCUUAGUCUACAACGACACAAAACGCCACCUUCGCUUCAUGGAGGAGAAUGAAGCAGCAGACCUGUGGAACGACCUGGCGCCUCAGCAAUGUACUCCAUUUUGGCCUCAGACAGACUCCAUGUCCAUGCAUUGCAAGUAUCGGGACUCUACGGUAGUGUCUCAACACUUCCCUAUCACGAAGAAUCAUUUUACAGUGCUGAGGAUGGAUAAAGGGACGGCAAUCUGCGUGGAAGUAACUGGUGGCACUGACCGUCCGUUCACCAUCACCUUCAAGCCAUACACUAUUGGAGACUCGCCUGUUCGCAUAGACAACUUAUGCGAUGACCUAUUCUUGAAGCUACACCAGGCUGACUCGGGUCAGGUAGCUUUGUUGAGUCCCUACCAAUCCUUGCUGUAUACCUGGGAUGAUCCCGCUAAGGAACGAAGACUGAUGUGGAAUAUUUAUAAUAAUAAAGGCAAAGGUUUUGAUGCAGCUUUUAACCAGGAUGGCUACGGCGAAGAAAAAGUGAGUUUCCACUCAGUGAAACACUCAACCUUAGUAGCAACGAGCAGCGUCACAUCCAAGUUAUCUUCGACUCUGAAGAGACUGACGCCCAAGUCUCCUGAACCCUGCACCUCAAGCAGUGACGACUCCGACAGUUCAGACCUUCCCGAAGCCCACAGCAAGACCAAGAAGAUGAGAAAAGAUAAGGUCAUAGUCUACUGGAUAUCCUACAUGGAUGGCUACCAGAGAGUGUUCGCAUUAGCACAGGAUGAAAGAAUAGCAUACCAGUACAGGAUGAGAAUAAACGCAGAGAGGAGUAAUUACGAAGUCUAUAUGUCCCUGUCAGGAGUCAGUCUGUCUGUUUGCGUGCCAACUCACACGGGUGUCAAGGAACUAGCGUAUGUUAGCAUGACUGACUCUUUACCUAGAUGGGAAGUAAACGUUAAUCAUAAGUGGAAGCAACUAUCCCCCGACCUAACAUCUUGGAUCGAAGAGAAGUACCAAACAGAACAAAAGAAGUGCCAGCUAAAAGAAUAUAUCCAUUUAGAUUUGGAGAAAAUGCAGAUGACGAAGCCAUUCUUCUCGGAACUACGCAGGACUUACAACCCUGGCGUUUGGAUGCAGUUACGGAAAUCUGAUACUUAUACAUAUUGCCAUUUGAAAUGUCAGAGGCUACAGAUUGAUAACCAGUUGCACGAAGCUGUGUUCCCUAGCGUCUUAUAUCCAGCUCCGAUACCAAAUGACAUAAGAACGAGCAAAGGGCUCAAACCUUGCUUAGAAGUAGUCGCUCUGAAACAGCACCGCCCAAGCUUGAAUCAGGACAUCUACAAAUACGUGAAGAUCUUAGUUCAGGAAUACUGUGUCAAUUUAGACCGUGGAUUUGUAAACUAUGUAUUCGAUAUUCUGAACCAUUGGAAGAUUCAGGAGAAGCCAGCUGUGAGGUUGAGGGCAGAUCUUGCUUUGGUCCAUAUGCCAUUGCCAAUGAUUGCUAUUAAGAGCCAGAUACCUGCGCAGAAGAAUAUACUCUUUGAAUACGUUCACUUGUCUCCUAUAAAACUAGUUCUGAGUCUUUCUUCUCGAGGGUAUUCUGCGGAGACAGCCAAUAGCCCAAGUAAGACGAGGUUUGGAAACAAGAAAGAGAAUAGGCCUAAAUUAUUCAAUAGUGAUUUGUUGGAGUAUUUGUUUAAUUCCUGGGGAUCGUCGCUGUGUGAUAUGAAGGACGUGGUUAUAAGGAUGUCAUACCUGGAAUUCCGCAACGCUCCGAUCUCGACGGGCACGUUAUUAGACCAGGCGUCUCGUCACUACUGGACACAGCUGGUGCAGCAGUUCUACGUGCUGGUCCUCGGUCUGAACAUCCUCGGGAACCCGUACAGCCACAUCGGAGACUUCUCUAAAGGAUUGAAGCAGUAUUAUGAACCUUGCUUGGGUACAGCGCUAGGUCGCAAGGUGAUGGGUGUAGCGUCCCGCUUGGAAGAUGGAGCUGCAGCCCUGUUAGGUCUACGAGCGAGCCCCAGCACGAGGACCAGCGCACUGUUUGAAGACCUGCCCAAACCACAAACCCCUAGACGAAAACCUGGUGAAGUUCCCCAACUAAGCAACGACAUCCCUGAAAGUGUGAUAGAAGGAGACAGCAGUAACCAAGCUAGCAUCGCUCUGGCCCUCACUGCUCUCGUCGCAAGACCUACAUUUGAUGACGACUGUGUUGUUGUGAGGAACGUGUGUCGCGAGGCAGCGCGCGCGUCGCUGUCGCGGCAGCUGCACGUGAGCAGCGCCGAGGCCGCGCUCAAGGCCUGCGUUGAACGCAGCGGCGGCCGCCUGCUCGCGAGACGCCGUUUGCCUCGACAUUGUGAUCCUAUUGAGGGCGUCCGUCCGUACUCCCAGCACUCAGCCCUAGGCCUGCAGCUGCUGACGCUGCUGGGGCGCGGGCACUACGCGGACACGGACGCGUACCUCGCGCAUGCUCACCUAGGACCCACCUCUAACUGCACGCUACUUAUUUCUACGCAACACAUAUUCAUGGUGCGAGCGAGCGGCACGAGUGGCUCGUGGCACGUUGAGUGGGCGGUCAAACUGGAUGACGUCAUCGGAUCACCCGUCAUACAACAGGAUAAACUGCUGCUGAACAUCAAACAGGACGAGCACGUAAGCUACUUCUCAACGGACGAGAAAGUGAUAGAAGUGACCGACCCCGAGGUAUUAACUUGGCUACAUUCCAAGAUCGAAUGCGCCCUUAUCCUGGCCUUAGAAGACAAGAGAUGCGCCACUAACGAAUAGACACAUGACAACUACACUGAUUGUAAUUAACACUAUAUCGACGGUACUAUUGUAUUGAAUAAACCAUUUGUACUACAUAAUAGGAAAACUUUUUAAUAUUGACAUUGUUUAAAAAUGGGGGCUUCUAACCGUUAGGCAUAGACAAACAAACAUGGCGGAGAUUUUGAAAAAUAUCUAUGGAUAAACAAAAUGGAUGGAAUUUUCUAGUGUAAGACUUACUGACUUAUCUAAAGGUACUUCGCCCCCAUUUAAUGUUUAUAAACAGGAGUUAAAUAACGAAGGCAAAACUUCCCUCUGCCAAAUUGAAAUAGGUGUUUAUAUAAACUGUUUAACGCAUAGAAUAACGUAACAGGGAUAUUUCUAUAUUAUAUGACGUCAUCUCAUCUUUGAUAAUAUGUUGUUAAAUAUAAUAUUUAUUGAUUAAUCAUCGAAUUUCGUUUGGAAUAAUGCAGGGGACAUAUCAACAUCCUUGGCCUUACGUCUGUUUUAUAACGACAAUAAUUUCAACAAAAUAUUCUAUAUCUCAUAUAUUUUUGAUCUCAAACUCUAGUCAGCUUGUGCGAACACUUAUUUUUAUUCGUUUUAUAUUAAUUGUUGCAAAAGUUGGAUUAAAUUAGGCCGCAGCUGUAGCCAAUAUGUUUUGUUUGCUGCUAGCCCAUACGAAAUCACGCUGCUAAGGCGACAAUCUUGCUUAUUCUAUUGAUUAAGAGACCAAAAUCAACACAGCAGUAAAUAGUAGAUAUUGCAACAUUAACUAAAUUAAAUAACUGUCGUGAAUUAUAAUAUGGAUGUUGUAAAAACGAAUCGUAGUUAAAUAUGGCUGACAAAGUGUCGCCCCCUAGCGCAAAUUAUUAUAAACUGUGCAAUUUCAUUGCCUAAUUACUUUAGUACUCACUAAUUAUUGUAAUAAACGUUAAAAGUAUUUUCAUAUUAAAUUACAUAUUUAUAUUAUUUUAUGUAUUCGAUAUCUAAGCUUUAGUGAGUAAGCUUGUUAUUUGUUAAAUAAAUUAUAACGAUUUAUAAUCAUUUUGUUGUGAAAGUAGGUGUUAUAAGUUACCUACCAGUAUUCAGACUGCUCUAUGCCCAUAGGGUCAUAGAGUUGGGAUGUUUAUCGAUUUUUCGGUGUCGAUGUAUAGAUAUUUGUUUGUAUGUCCUGAGUGUUUCAUAGUAGGCAGAUAUGUUGUCCUCGUCAUUUGAACAAAACACAGUGGCGGCCCUAGGGGUGUGCGAACUGUGCCACCGCACAGGGCCUCGCGCUUAGGGGGCCUCGCGCUACAACCCACACUAAUAUAAAAAAAAUAUAAUUAAUUCCGAGUUUAAUUUGAGAGUCCUUAAACAAACAAUUUAAAAAAAUUCGCGCUCGCUACGCUCGCGGCUGUUCACUUGACAGUGCAUUUCCUUCUUACUUGAUUAGUUAGAGUACUUUUAUGUCCCAAAACUCAAAAAUUUUCGCGCUCGCUACGCUCGCGACUUCACCUGUUGUUUAUUAAAAAGUUUAGGUGCUUUAGGGACCCAAGGCUGAAAAUUUUUUGCGCUCGCUACGCUCGCGGGUGCUUUACUUUCCACUGCCGAAAUAGUCUUGAGAAUUCGAAUUAUAUACAAUAAUAAUAUCGAAAAAGCAGUUUUUCGAGGCUUAAAAUUAUUAAAACAUGUUUAAGGAAUUCUAUGACACAAGAUCGACUUUCAGCCCUUGCUAUUCUUUCGAUCGAAAAUGAUCUUGCUCAUUCAUUCGAUUAUUCUGCUUUAAUUAAAGAAUUUAGUCUUAAGAAAAGUCGCAAGCAUCAGAUCAUUUCAAUAUAUGUUAAUUUUGUGAUUCUUUAAAUAUUAACUGUAGUAAAAAAUAAAUUUUAUUAAUUUGUUUAACUUGAGCAUUUCUCCUCAAACAUGACGUUUAGCUAAAUCAAAACACCAGCUUAAUCUCGCAACACAUACUUUUCACGUAGGACAAAGGGCCUCGCAUAGACCUGCCGCACGUAGCCUCGCAAUGGCUAGGGCCGCCACUGACAAAACAUCUUUUAGUUGAUCCACCAAGCAUUUCUCAUGUAGGAAAAUUAAUAAUUGUGACUUGUUAGCAAUUAAUGGCCAACACUAAAGAACACGUCAGUGGUCUAAUUGCGACAUUAAAGGAAUUUAAGAGCGAUUUAACAUUUUUGCAAAUGAAAGCCAAGAAAUAAAUAACGAUAGAAGGUUUUACUCAGAUUUGCUGCAGCCUAUAUUAUUUUAAGCCAAAUCUUGAGAAUGCUUGGAGGAAUAUAAAUAUUUCCUAUACAUAUAAUUUCAAGCUUUUCAUAAUAAAGCUUCAUUCUUCGCAACUUAAGGAUACAUUGCUUACAUCGAAACUUAAACUCAUCAAACUUGAAUGUUUUUUAAAUGGAAAAAUAAAAUGUCAAUCUGAAA